CGGCUGGGUGGGCUUGGUCUUGCGCUCCCCGCCCUCAGGCAGAGUGGCCCGUGGCGUCUACAGCCGGGAGCGCAGAUGGCGCGGGCGGCUCGGAGCCGCCGUGAGCGCCCGGCGGAGGACCCGGUCGGGCAGCGGCCCCGGUCAGCAUCGGCGGAUGGAAGGAAUUGAAUGGUCGGGCAUUGCGGCUCCUCCUCCCGCAGUCUCCGGUCUCGGACCUGAGCAAGGUUCCUCAGCCAGGACAAGUGGAGGCCUUCCCCUGGAACUGAUGGAGGCGGUAACAUUUGGUGAUGUGGCUGUGCACUUUUCCCGGGAGGAGUGGCAGUGCCUGGACUCUGGCCAGAGGGCCCUCUACAGAGAGGUGAUGCUGGAGAACCACAGCAGUGUUGCUGGACUAGCAGGAUUCCUGGUCUUCAAGCCUGAGCUGAUCUCCCGACUGGAGCAGGGACAGGAGCCAUGGGUCCUAGACCUGCAGGGAGCGGAGGGGACCGAGGCACCACGGACACUCCAGACAGAGUCCACUAUUAAACCUGACUGUAAGCAGCCCUGUCUGGAUAUCAGUCUUCUCAAACCUCAGAGUCAUGGCUGUGAGAAUGCUUGGAAUUCUGAAGUCUGGUCCGAGAGGUGUUCAAGUAGCUGGGGGCUGACAGUGAGGAGCUCCCUCUUCCAGAAGCACCAUUUGAAGAAAACUGGAGCACCUAAAACUGCCACCAAGGACACUGCCCAGAAAUAUAGGGAGCUGAGAGCCAGUGAUCCAGAUCAUCAGUCUGAGAUAUAUCAGAGGGACAGUGCAGAAGGACUGCAGAGAUGUGAGGUAUGUGGCAGAAGUCUGAGAACCUCUUUAGACUUGGAUUUGAACCGGGAGAAACAUCACCGAUGUCAACAAUGCCAAGAACAAUUACCUGAAUGCUUGCAGGGGAAUCUUCCUGUUAAGUGUUGUGGGGAGAAGUCGUACAAGUGUGAAGAGUGUGGAAAAGUCUUCAGACUGUGCUCACAGCUCCACCAGCACCAGAGAAUCCACACUGGAGAGAAACCAUUUAAGUGUGUUGAAUGUGGAAAAGCCUUCCGCCUGAGCUCAAAACUUAUUCAGCAUCAAAGAAUUCAUACUGGAGAAAAGCCCUACAGAUGUGAUGAAUGUGGCAAAGCUUUUGGUCAGAGUUCAAGCCUUAUCCAUCAUCAGAGAAUCCACACAGGUGAAAGGCCUUACAGUUGUCGUGAGUGUGGCAAGGCCUUCAGCCAGCAGUCACAACUAGUCAGACACGAGAGAACUCACACUGGGGAGAGGCCCUACCUGUGCAAGGAGUGUGGCAAGGCCUUCAGCCAGAGCUCAACUCUAGCUCAGCACCAGAGGAUGCACACUGUAGAGAAACCUCAAAUCCCAAGACCCUCAGAAGGUUCAAGCUUUGUUGCACAUCAGAGAAGUCAUGCUGUGGAGAAGCCAUUUAAGUGCAAUGAGUGUGGGAAAGCUUUUAGGUGGAUUUCUCGCCUGAGUCAGCACCAGCUGAUUCACACUGGAGAGAAACCUUAUAAAUGCAACAAGUGUACAAAAGCCUUUGGUUGUAGUUCACGGCUUAUUCGCCAUCAGAGAACUCACACUGGAGAAAAACCAUUUAAAUGUGAUGACUGUGGAAAAGGGUUUGUCCAGGGUUCACAUCUUAUUCAGCAUCAGCGAAUCCACACUGGAGAAAAACCUUAUGUGUGUAAUGACUGUGGGAAAGCCUUUAGCCAGAGCUCCAGCCUCAUUUACCAUCAGAGAAUCCAUAAAGGAGAGAAGCCAUUUGAAUGCCUUCAGUGUGGAAAAGCCUUCAGUAUGAGCACACAGCUCACUAUCCACCAAAGGGUCCACACUGGGGAGAGACCAUAUAAGUGUAAUGAAUGUGGGAAAGCCUUUAGUCAGAACUCAACCCUUUUCCAACACCAAAUAAUUCAUGCAGGAGUGAAGCCCUAUGAGUGUAAUGAAUGUGGAAAGGCCUUUAGUCGGAGCUCAUAUCUUAUUGAACACCAGAGAAUACAUACAAGAGCCCAGUGGUACUAUGAAUAUGGAAACACCCUACAGGGGCCCACUUUUGUGAGCCGUAAAAAAGUGAACACUGUAAAGAAACUGCAUCAGUGUGAUGACUGUGAGAAAAUAUUUAGGUGGCGCUCACAUUUAAUUAUACAUCAGAGAAUUCACACAGGAGAGAAGCCUUACAAAUGUAAUGAUUGUGGCAAAGCUUUUAAUCGGAGCUCAAGGCUUACUCAACAUCAGAGAAUUCACGUGAAAUGAACCAUUUACUGGUAUAAAUGUGAAUAAAUCUGUAGCCUUAAAAUACUUAAUUUUUUAUGAGGGCCGGGGUGAUGGCUCAGUGGAAUAAGCACUUCCCUGGCAAG